AUGAAACCGCCCACACCUGCCCCUCCUUCUCCCCCUCCAAGAGUCUCGGAAGCGGGCCAGCCACAGCGGCGCUCCUGUACCGAUGGUUCUCGCGGGGUCUCGCAUGGCGAGCCCACGACCGACGUCGCGCGCGCGGGACCUCUCAGCGCGCGCACAGGCGAGGACGCCCGGCCCAAUAUUGCUGGACGGCCCCUGGACUCGAUCGGGAGAAGGCAGACGACCACGUUCGGUGUGACGACAUCCGCGCAGGCCGUUGCCAGAACUUCCCUGCCCCUCGCUCGUGCAGACGAAGGCACAGCGGACGGCCGGUGCGGAUCGAACGGCGUGCGCUCUCCCGCGGCGUCCACGCCCUCCGGCCCGACGGUGGGCCAGAAGCCAUCGAUCGUCCGCUCCUCGCGGCUGAUAAUCCCUCCACUGCCUCAGCCUGCUGCCUCACCUCCGUCCACCCUUCCCCCACCUCCGUCCGUUCCCCCACCUCCGUCCGCCCUCUCGUCGUCGCCGUCUGCCCUCCCGCCGUCGCCGUCUCCUGGUCUCCCACCGUCGUCAUCAUGCACUAUCUCUCACGCGCCCCCUCCAAUUCCUCCCCCGCACACGCGGCCCCAAAUUAAGCAUGUGCGUCCGUCGCCUGCUUCGGUCCCUCCGCCGCCAUCCGCCUCGCGCCCGUUGCCCAUCCCUCCAGCCCCGCCGGCGUCCGUCCCCGCCUCCCACCUCGGCGUUCCAAUCGGCCACGUCCCCGACGCUCCCCCGAACACCCGCCCCCUGUCCGGGACGUCGUACGCAUCCGGCUGGAGUGGAGGCACCGAUAGCCGCUCCGACGGGACCGGCGCGUCUGUGUACGGCACUCCGCUCACGUCCCCCGAGGUCGGCACACACGCCCUCAAGCCCGCGCGUACGCUUGUCCCCGCCACCUUCCACACCCUCCACCCCGACACCCGCCACCCCCAGGCUGCGUCCCACGGGACGGCGCCUGCGCCUGCGCCUGUCCCCGCCCCCGUGUCCGUCGUCGCAGCGCCGGCUGUCCCUCCGCCCGCCGUCCCCGUCACGCCCGCUCCCGCUCCCGUCGCCGUUCCACCCGAAUCCAUCGCCAGGAUCCUCGCUUCCUUCCCUGCUCCCCGAUGGAAUGUUCGUCAUCGCCCUACUGCGGCCUUCCUACGCGAUGAUCGCUUCCGCCAAACCGCCUUCGCAGCUGGGCUCACCAAGUGUCAGGUGGUGUUCAAUGCCGACUCCCCGGACGAGCGAUUCAUCGCGACCUGCAAGGCCUCCCACAAUGGCAAUCCUCUCACUGUCGCGGACGUUCUGCGCGGGAUCGGCGAGAAGCUGGCGGGCACACCCCAUGUCGGCGCGGAGGAACCGUCUACCGUGCGCGCGGCGAACCGCCGUCGCGCCGGCGGCGCCGAAGGGCCGAUAACCUACGCGGACUUCGUGAAGACGAAUGUGUACUUCUUCUUGGGACUGCGGGAGACCACCGUGCCGGGGGAGUUCGCCGUCGUGCUAGGAGACCAGUUCUAG